AAUUAGCGGGAAAUUAAAAAAUAUCCAUUGUUUUUGUUAUUACAUGGUUUAAGAAACGUAUUUCUUUUAAAACGUAUGCAAUGGAUUCUGCUUUAUUCUUAAAGUGUCGAAUCUGUAUCAUUGUAACCAACCUCUCAACUUGAAAUUCUGUCGUAUUUUGUGAUGAUGUGGAGUGAGAUAGGGCUUUCUUGGACAGCAAGUGAAGAAUGGAUCAAAGGAUUGUACAACUGCUUCUAUCUAUGGCGAAAUGUCAUUCCUACCAACAAUAUAACUUGUGAUUUUCAUGCACUUACUAAAGGAAAAGUAUCAGGAAUAAUCGGCUCCCUAUUUAUACUGAUAUUUAUAAAGAUAACAUUACUUCUGCUUAAAUAUUUAUUUUAUGGUCACAAUAAAUUGCAGAAAGAAAAAUUACAGAUUCCUCAGUCUGUGUAUGACAUGGCAAAGAUGGCCUACAAACCUGAACAUUGCAAUGCAGUGAUACAAUUUAUAAAGAGGAAACCAAAUGUUGAUAUGAACAAAGAAAUGCCAAUUCUUGAUACAACUGACACGAAAAUGACAUUAUUUUUGUGUGCUUGUUUCUCGGGUAGUGAGAGAUUGCUACGAUUUUGUUUAUCUUAUGGAGCAGACAUUCAAAGAAGAACAAAAUGGGCAGAUACACCUCUCCAUCUUGUCACAUUUGCUCUUUCUAGAAGUCAAUGUAGGAACUUUGGUUCAAUGGAUGUUUUGCUGCGGGCAGGUUGUGAUAUAAAUUGUAAGAACUGGAUUGGAAACACUCCUCUCUGUAUUGCAGCGUGUCAUGGAAAUCUUAUGCUCAUUAGAUAUCUUUUACGUAAAGGAGCUGAUCCAAGCAUUGCCAACCGUAAAGGAAUCUACCCCAUUGAUUUUGCAAACAAUGCAGAUAACAGAGAAGCUGCUGAUCUACUGAAAUUUCAUGUCUCGAAUUCCCAUGUUUGGGAGGUCAUUGAUCCUCAUACUCCUCCAAAAAUCAGACUAGGCUUACAAAGUCCAUCGAAACAACAUUUGAUUGAUUCUACGUUUACAAGAAGAAGGUCAAUCAGAGAAAAGUAUGUCAGUUAAAAUCAAUUUAAUGUUGAUUUGUUUUAUUUAAAUAUGUACAUAAUAUUUAUUUGUGUAGUCUGUGCUGUGCAUGUAUGCAUGUAUAUUUAUGUCAAGGAAAAUAUAAAAAAGCUUUAUUGGUGACUUUAAUAUUUGUUAUAUAUAUAUACUAUAACUGUUUCAUAAUUUCUGUAACGGAGUUUUUUUGAACGCACGAACUUUUCUGCAUCAAAA